AGCUCUUGUGCCACCUUCGCUCAGACACAACGCCACUCUGGAUUAUCAAAGACUUUGUGGAGAAGCUCCUUCCUCGGGCUCCUCGGAACGACACAGCGGGGCUUCAGCAGACCUGCCCAACUCGAGACCAUAAAAUGAAAAUGUCAGCGGCGGAGAUCAGCGAGGUCCUCAAGGAGGGAGAGCUGGAGAAGAGGAGCGACAGCCUGCUCCAGUUCUGGAAGAGGAAGACGUGCGUCCUGACCACGGACAGCCUCAACAUUUACGCGGACACGCAGAAGCGCACCAAGGGCAAGGAGCUCAAGCUGCAGGCCAUCAAGAAGGUGGACUGCGUGGAGCGCACCGGCAAGUUCGUCUAUUUCACCAUCGUGACCACGGACAAUAAGGAGAUCGAUUUCCGGUGCCCUGGCGAGGAGAACUGCUGGAACGCGGUGAUCACGAUGGCACUGAUCGAUUUCCAGAACAGAAAGGCCAUCCAGGACUUUAAAACGCUGCAGGACAACGAGAGCGCGUCCCCCGGACAGCAGGAGAGACGCAUGGCGAGGGCUCCCUGAGCCGCUGAGGGGAACUCUGGCACUUAACCACUCCUAAUAUGCGUCAAUGUGGACCAUAAAGAAAUAAUACGCGGACCAAAAGGAAGACGAGGUAUCCGGUCCAGAGAUGAAGGAUUGUCCCGGACUGAGCUUUGAGAGAGAGAGGGGACAACUGAACUAAACCCAGAGACAGACAGAGUUUGAAAAGCUCCACACGCAGGACUGAACCCUUGAAUUGUCAAAACUAUUUCAAGUUUGCUCUCCCGGGAGGAAUGACUCCCAAAAUUACAUGACGUUAAUUUAUUUGUUUCCAGGAUAUGGUGUUACUGGCGAACAGCUUGUGUUGUUUAAAUUAUUUACUUUUUCAAAGUGUGCUGAGUGUGUCAUUGUAUUUAUUUGAAUAAAUAUUCAUGCAUUUUUGACAUAA